CCCAUAUCAAAAUCUCCUCCCAUCAACCCUGCUUUUCAACCCUCAUGGUUCCUAUCCUGGCUUGCAAACCCUCAUGGUUCCUAUCAGCCAUGGAUCCACAUCAUUCCUACGAACCGUCGUGGCCCUCCUAACCACCCCAACCUCUUUGUUUGGAGGCUGCCACCCUGCUCGUUACCGCACUGCUCUUGCGUUGGAACAACAAACCGCUCCCAGCAGUGGCUAGCUUUCCUUCACCCCCCCCUGCCUCAAGUUACUUCAAGUGAUCCCCACCUUGAGGCGAUUUGGAAGAAGGCAGGGCACAUGUGUCUGAUGCUUGCUCUGGCACGUCAUCUAUCAUAAAGGCAGGGAAAUGUUCCGGACUGUGUUCUGACGUCCUUGUUGACAAUGUGUCAUUUUUCCUGGCAUGAAGUCUGACAGGUGAUGUGACAUAUGGUCGGACGUCCGUCCUGAUAUGUGUGUUUUGCCAUGUACUCCGACUUUUGUUCUGCCAUGGCAUCAAAGACAGUGUCUAUCAUACCCUGGCACACUAUCUAUAAUAUAACAUGGCCUUCUAUCUAGCAUAUAUACUUGGGAUUCUAUCUUGCACUCUAUCUGUUGAUUGCGGUGGCAAAAAAGGACGCCCCUGAAGAAGUGGGUUCUAGCACCAAGUUCUCCCAGAAAAGGCCUACAAAAGAAGUUUUUGUUGGUGCCCUUUCGCACCUUGUUUGAAGCCCGUCUCGGGGCAAAAAAGAGAACCUCCGAGCAGGUUCCAGUGACAAGACCCUUGACAAAGCAGGCGUGGCGGAUGCAUCUUCGAGCAUGUCUCGGGGCAAAAGGGGCACCUCCCAAAAGCGGGUUUAGCAAUAGGGCGUGGUAUUGGACAAAGCAGGACAUGGCAGAUGCAUCGUCGAGCGUUUGAAAUGCAUCUUGCGAAGGAUUUGGGUAUUAUCAGGCGGUCUGUGCGGGAGUGUUGGAGACUCUCACAUUGCUUGCUGGAGCUUCUUGAGUGAAGCACGUUGCUCUAAGCGUUUGCGAGGGCUUGCUCUCGUAGUCUCACUUCUCACCCUGGUUGUGGCAACCUGACACUACGAACACGACGGUUUGUGCGCGUUUUGGGUUUUCACCGGCCCUUUACUGUUCAAUCCCUAUGUGACCAGAUUUGACUCGCAGUUGAGCUGUUGGGGCGGAUCUCAGAAGCCGAGAGGCGCAUGCCUUUUUCAGCGACCCGUUGUUCACCCUCCACUUCAUCUUGGUGGCGACCUGUGUUGGUGGUCCGGUGCUGUGGCUCUUCGCCAGCCUCCUCUUCUGUUGCUGUGUGGGGAAUCCUUGGGCUGUGCCCGUGGAUGUGAAACUUCAGGAACUGGUGCAGAUGGAAGAAACAGCACUGCAAGCGGAGCUCGCAUCCCAGGGGACCACAGAAGGCUACUUGAAUCGUUUGUGGAUCCUCAUGGCCGUUGGCUUCUGCGUGGCAGACUUUGUGACUGACAUUCGAAUGGUGGUUCUCUACCUUCAGACCUAUCACUACAGCUUCGCACUGAUUCAAGGUCUUUUUGUGGUGCGAUCUCUGUUGGAACAGCUGCUUCGCCGUGGGUUGUUGUACUUCUUCCAGGAGUUCCGAGUCUCGAUGAAGGCGAAUUUGUGGACGGACAACCUUUUGGCUGUGGUGCAGAGCGAGAAGACUGGAGAAGCCACUCUGGCGUUCAUCUUGCAGAUCUACUCGCUCUUCUACAUGGGUGAAGAACUUUUGGGCUAUUGGACGGCCUUGAUUUCUUUAUUGAUCGGCGCACGAGGUCUCACCCAAGGUUGCUACAUCCACUUCGAUUUGGCCUUCAUCGCCUCCGAAAAUCUGCCGCCCAUCUACGAGGACGACUUGCCAGAGGCCCCCGAGCCGAGCUCCGUGGUGCCGGCGCCCGUCCGAAGCGUUCCGACGGUGCCCACCCUGGAGAUGCCGCCACCGCUGCUGGUGGAGUCUCUGCCCAAGCUGGACGGGGAGCCGAAGGAUCUGCCGGAGGCGCCGCCUCCGCCAGCGGACUUGCAGGGUGAGAUGCCGGAUCUCGACGAGGGGAUCGGGGAGAACUUGAGGCCUACAGCCGUUCAUCCAAAUGUAGAGGUGCCCGGGCCUACAGGGCCCAUGGUUCUUGGCAAGGGCCAGAACGUCAUCCUGGCGCUCUAAACCAGUCUGUGAAGCAGCUGGUUUUGGGGUGUAGUUUGUGUUUGUGAUUUCAAGCUUUCAUGCUUCGUUGGAAUUUUCAAGUGUUCGGUUGUUGAGAACCUAAUGCUUGUCUGGCUACAGUCUCCCACACUCAAUGGGCCCCAUGCAG